CUGAAUCUGGUGACGCCUUGCGCUCGGAAUCUCUAGUCUGAGCCUCUGAGGUUGAUGGCGUCAGAAAUUUGGUGCCGGCCAAGUGAAUCCAAUGCAACUUGUGGUGGCAGUUGGUAUCUUUGGGUUGGAGCGAUUGGGAGCGCAUCAUCACCUCGUCCAAUCACGCUAGCUUCUUGCCAAUAAACUCGCCGAGGUUUCGCUGUCGCUCGGCAAACUUGGAGUGGAUCUGGCCCUGCUGUUUUUGUUAAUUCCGGAAGGCUACGCGCCAAGCUAGCUUAACUAGCGUCGCGCCCACAAGAGCGGCAGCUGCGUGCGAGGAGCACGCACACGCGCGCGGCGGCGACGGCGAGGGCGAUGGCGGCGGAGGAGAGCCGGCAGGAGACCAGCCUGGGCUACCUCCCCGAGGCGUGCCUGGCGCACGCCAUCGCGCUCACCUCCCCGCGCGACGCCAGCCGCUGCGCCGCCGUCUCCCCGGCCUUCCGCGACGCCGCCGACUCCGACCACGUCUGGGGCCGCUUCAUCCCCGAGGGCCACCUCCGCGCCGUCGUCGACCUGCAGACCGUCAACACCGCCGCCGGCCGCCGGGCCAGCACCAAGAAGGACGCCUACCUCGGCCUCUGCGAGGGCGGCGUCGCCGUCGACGGAGACGCCGGGUGCAGGCUGUGGCUGGACAGGGCGAGCGGCGCCAAGUGCUACGCGCUGUCGGCGAGGAGGCUCAGCCUGCCGUGGGAGGAUGGCGAGUUCAGCUGGCGAUGGGCGGCACACCCGCUCUCCAGGUUUGGUGAGGUUGCCAAGCUCAUGGACUGCACGUUCCUAGACAUCUACGGCCGGCUCCCGGCCGCCGCGCUGACGCCAGCGACCUCCUAUGCGGCGUACCUGGUCUACGACACCGCAAAAGGGCACCGCGGCCUCAGCUUCCCGGACCAGGAGACGAUGGUGAGCUUAAGUGGCCGCGGGGUGCUGUCGGAGGCCAGCCGCCGCGCCGUGUGCCUCCGCCCCAACGAAGCCGAGGCGCGCAAGUUCUGGGGCGCCGACCUCAUCGUCGUCGCCCCAAAUGGCGUGGGCGAGGAGCCGAGGCUGCGGGGUGAUGGGUGGUGGGAGGUGGAGAUGGGGCAGCUGCGCACGAGGGAGGCCGGCGAGCAUGAGGCCUUGGGCGAGGAGGAGGUGGUGGCGAGCUUCGAGGUCCUGGGGUCCUACCCCAAGCGCGGCCUCAUCGUUGAGGGCAUCGAGUUCAGGCCCUCCACCAGUCUUGGUUUGGGAGCGUCCGCGCACCAAUGAUGUGCGGUUGAUGACGGAUUAAGCCUGCUACAGAGGGUAUAACCCACUCUUGUCCACACCCAAAUUCAAAUAAUUAUUAUCCGCUUCUUACCCUCUUCGAUCCCAUCCAUAUCUAAUGGAUAAUUAACUUUGUGCUACAUAUAUAUACAUAUUCAAUGGAUCCCUCCCCAUUUCUAAUAGGUAUAUAAUUUUCUAUCCCUACCCUCCUAUUUGAAGUAGGUGUGGAUUUAGAAAAUAGGGAGUGGGUGUGGAUAUCCAGUGGCAGGUUUACAACGGAUGCCCCGCCUCAAGAUGUGCAUGGCUUCUAGUUUGAACAUUAUUGGCAUGGAAGAUUUGGACUCUAGAAAUGAAGGGAUUGGAGAAAUCGUUUUACA